AUGCUCCGAUCCUGCCGGUCAACACGGCUGCUGUCCCGAACCCGUCAGCCAUGGACCAGCACUUUUAGGGCUGGAUGCCCGCCUGUGCAGGCGAGGACAUUUGCGACGUCUGUCAGCCCAGGGAUCCGGAUCAAGGCCCCCGCUAAGGAGCCGACAGAGCGCGACAAGAUCACCACGCUAUCUAAUGGCAUCCGCGUGGCCUCGGAAGAUCUCCCCGAUGCCUUCUCCGGAGUUGGCGUCUACAUCGAUGCCGGAUCGCGGUAUGAGAACGAUUCGGUACGUGGUGCGAGCCACAUCAUGGACCGGUUAGCAUACAAGUCGACUCUCUCGCGGACCGCCGAUGAGAUGCUCGAAAGUGUUGAGAAGCUGGGCGGGAACAUCCAAUGCGCCUCAUCCCGGGAGUCGAUGAUGUAUCAGGCUGCUACCUUCAACUCGGCCAUCCCUACGACUGUCGGACUACUGGCCGACACGAUCCGCAACCCCGAGCUUAGCGAGCAAGAGAUUGAGCAGCAGCUCGAGACGGCCGAGUACGAAGUGGGUGAAAUAUGGUCCAAGCCAGAACUCAUCCUCCCUGAGUUAAUACAUACCGCCGCUUUCAAAGACAACACACUCGGGCACCCCCUGUUGUGUCCACAGAACCGAUUGGGUGAGAUCAAUAAGGAGGUUAUCCAGGCUUACCGGGACGCUUUCUACCGACCGGAGCGCAUGGUCGUGGCAUUUGCCGGUGUGCCCCACGAAGAAGCUGUCAAGCUGGCCGAGAAACACUUUGGAGAUAUGAAGGCACCGCAGCCGGCUCUCACGAGGACGGGGUCAGAAACCUCGCUCGACUCCGCGAGCUCCGAAUCCACCGAUGCUUCGAGCGUUUCCAGCGAUUCCUCCUCCUCAGCAACAUCCGAAUCAUCACCACCAGCACCAUCCGGCAUUCUAUCUAAAAUUCCGUUCCUCAAGAGCUUCGCCAACUCGGCUAGCUCUCGUUCCUCCGGACCGAUCAUUCCCAUCUCAGCCGAAGAUUUGACACGCCCCGCUCACUACACCGGCGGCUUCCUCUCCCUUCCACCACAAUCGCCUCCACUCAACCCCAACAUCCCGACCUUUACCCACAUUCAACUCGCCUUCGAGGGCCUGCCCAUAUCGUCCGGUGAUAUUUACGCCCUAGCUACUCUACAAAUCCUCCUCGGCGGCGGCGGGUCCUUCUCAGCCGGCGGGCCAGGCAAGGGAAUGUACUCGCGGCUGUAUACCAACGUGCUCAACCAGCACGGCUGGGUCGAAUCCUGCGUGGCCUUCAACCACUCCUACACCGACUCGGGCCUCUUCGGCAUCGCCGCAUCGUGUUACCCAGGACGUACGGCGCCCAUGCUUCAGGUCAUGUGCCGCGAGCUGCAAGCUCUCACCAGUACGACGGGCUACGGAGCCCUCAACGCUGUGGAGGUUGCGCGCGCUAAGAACCAGCUGCGCAGCAGUCUUUUAAUGAACCUCGAGAGCCGCAUGGUCGAGCUCGAAGACCUCGGCCGCCAGAUUCAGGUGCACGGCCGCAAGAUCCCGGUCAAGGAGAUGACGCGCCGCAUUAACGAGCUCACCAUUGCCGACUUGCGCCGUGUCGCGAGGAUGGUGGUGGGCGGGUUGGUGAACAACCCUGGGGCUGGAAGUGGGGCGCCGACGGUGGUGCUGCAUGAAGCGAUGGCGCAUGGGGUCAAGACUUCGCAGGUGUCGUGGGAGCAGAUUCAGGAUAUUGUGUCCCAGUGGGAAUUAGGGAAGCAAUAG